AUGCGGCGCAAGGCUUGCGCGGCGCCCCCCCGCCCGAAGAGGAGGCGGACGGGCGGGCGGGGGUCGCGGGAGGCGGGGGGCUCGCCGCGCUUCGUGGUGCAGGAGACGGAGGAAGCGGCGCUGCUGCUGGUGCCGGCGGAGGGCCCGGCGGGGCGGCGGGGGGCGCGCAGGAAGCGGGGCGGCGGGGCCGAGCCGGGGGCCGCGGGGUCCCCGGGGGGCGACUGGGGCUCCCGCCUCCCGGCCGAGCUGCUGGUCCGCGUCUUCGCGCUGGCGGCGGCCUCCGAGGGGGGCGCGGUGCCCUUCCUGUGCCGGGCGGCCCGCGUGUGCCGGCUGUGGUGCCGAGCGUCGGCGGCGCCGGUGCUGUGGCAGCGGGUGGCGGUGGGGCACUGCUGGGCGGCCCCGGGGCAGAAGUGGGUCCCCGCGCAGCAGCAGAAGGCCCUGGGCACCCUGGAGUGGCUGGCGGCCCACAGGUUCUCCCUCCUGCGCGACUUCACGCUCAGCCACUGGAAGAGCCUCGUCCCGUCAGUGCUGCAGGCUCUGGCCGCUUCCA